CGACCCUCCUCUUCACACCUGCCGCCGCCCUUGGUCCUGCAGCACUGGGCAUUUCUUCAUCUGCACCAACGCCGUCUUUGUUCUCUUGGCUUCGCUCUCCCUUGGCUUUGUCGGGUUGUGUUGUCGGUUGGAGCAAAUCAAGAUGGCAACCCAGGCGGGUGAGGAGAAUGUAGCCACUCUCUACGGCGAUGUCCAUUACUUCUACGGACCUCCGACCAACGACCCUCCCCAUCAUCGAUUCGACAAGGCUUCCUAUGUCUACCUCUUCGAGAAUGCCAGCGCCCGUCGCGCGCGCGUUGAGAUCGCGAACCAGCCAGGCACCGAGAACCAAGAUGCCCUCGAGGGCUUCCUCGACUCGGCCAACCUUCGUUACUCGUACAAACACUCUUGUCUCGUCACCCUGACGGUAGGCCAGCCCAACAACGACCCCAACUACUGGCAUCUCCCAACCUUCGAUCCCCGCAACGAGAACAAGUACCAUUACCCGCUGCACUCCGUCGACAUUUACUUUUGGACCCCUCAGGACGCACUUCAGUUUGUCAACGGUGUCCGUCGCCUGCUGCCUCCCAACCAGCUCGAGAUUCUUGACGAGCCCGCCCCACCAGCCCACCAGACCGACGCGAGCUCCGUGGUGCAGCAGCUCGAAAAUGUCGCCAUCUCCGACCCGACCUACAAGGCCGCCGACCCAGCGCCACAGGCUGCCCCCGUACCCGUCGCCAUCCCAGGUCCGCCCCCCGUAUCGGCUCAGCAGCCAGCCCCCGCCAGUUACGCCCCGAUGGCAUAUAAUCCCGCGGCGCCCGCAGCGCCCGAGACGAUCCGGCACCGGGAGAAGACGCCGCCUCCCGACGACGGGGGGCUCGACCCCCUGGCGCAGGCCGUAGCCUACGACGCCCAAGCCCCCUUCUCUCCAGGUUUCGUCCCGCCGCCAAGCUUUCUGCCGGGCGGCCAGCCGGGAGUUGCGAGCCCCGGUCUCCCCCCGCCGCAAUUUGGCCUGCAGCGUAGCGCGACGCUUCCCGUCAUGCCCCAGCAGACGCAGACCACCCUGGGCUUCCAGCCGCCGCCGCCUCCACCAGGUGGGCCGCCUCCCCAACAACAACAACAACAACAGCAGCAGCAGCAGCAGCAGCAGCAGCAGCAGCAACCUUCGACGCCCGGCCCACAGCAAACGACCCCGCCAGGCGGUUACUCCCCCUAUAUGUACGCACAGAACCAGCAGGCCCAGCAGCAGGAUGCGUCGGCCUAUGCGGCCCACUCGCAAUUUUACCGUCCUACCGAGGGCGAAGCGAAGAAGCAUAAGGACUAUAGGGCGGACCCGCCAUCGGGAAGGUUGGAGCAGAACGCGGCACGGCUUGAAAAGGGGGUUACGGGCAUGUUCAAGAAGUUUGAGAAGAAAUUUGGGUAA